GAGACAAUAUGGCGGACCAUGAAGAUGUGUUGUAUUCAAAUUCAAGUAGGAGGGACGAUUCUCCAGGUGAUCAUGACCUCAGGAAUGAAAGAGAAGGCAGCAGAGAAAGUGAUCAUGACGACAGAGAUCGGCGAAGAAGAGGCGGUGAAUAUGAAAGAGAUUUGAGGCGAGAAAAUCGUCGGUACGCCCCGUAUCCUUCUCGCGAUGAGCGUUCGAGUUCGAGGCGACAGUCUGGAAGCGGAGGAAAAGAGUGCCGUGUUUACGUGUGGAACCUUUCAUAUGCUGUUAAAUGGCAAGAUUUGAAGGAUUUCAUGAAGAAGGUCGGAGAUGUGGCAUUUGUUGACAUUAUUGAAGACAGUCAUGGAAAAUCAAAGGGAUGUGGUAUUGUUGAGUUCAGAAACAGAGAUGAUGCAGAUAAAGCCAUCAAGGAGCUUCAUGGAACAGAGUUCAGAGGAAGACCAAUACACAUUCGUGAGGAUCGCAUUGAAGAGGGUGAUAGGCGUAGCAGGCCUCCCCCUAGGGGUCCUGACCCAAGGGAUCUUCCCUCUCUCACUGGAGGGGGUAUGUCUCUUGGUAAUCAUCUGGGAGGUGGUCUUGGAAGUGGAAACCUGGGCCUUGGAAACAGCAGUGGUCCUCUUGCUAACCUGUUAGGCUUGGGAAAUCUCAAUUCUGCUCAAGGACUGAAUUACAGGACAGAUCCAUUGUCAUGCACUGUGUUUGUCAGCAAUCUUGAUUACAAAGUAACUUGGCAGAAAUUGAAAGACACCUUCAGAGGAGCUGGUAAUGUUAUUCGUGCAGAUAUCAAUUUGGACUCUGAUAAUAAAUCUAAAGGUUUUGGCACUGUACAGUUUGAAACAGCUGCAGAAGCAAUAAAUGCAGUUUCUAUGUUGCAUGGUCAUGUUCUUAGUGACAGAGCAAUGAGUGUCAGGCUGGAUCGCAAUGCACCCAUUAUGCAGCAGCUGAGUAACUUGGGUGUGAACAAUGCAAACAUGGGUCGUGGAGGAGGAGGAGGAGGAGGAGGGGGAGGAAACAACAUGAACCCCAUGGCAGUUCUUCAGCUGCUCCAGAGUCUUCAGGGUCUGAGUACCCUGGCACAGUUGACUAGUAAUCUUGGUGCAUUGGGCGGCAGUGGUUUGGCUUCAGGUGGUGGUUUUGGUGGAGGGGGAGGAGGUUCUGGUGGUAUGGGUGAUUCCCCUGCCACUAACCCCCUGGCUGCUCUGAGUGGAUUGGGAAUGCUGGGCAACACUCUUGGUUUUGGCGGAGGAGGUGGUAGUGGCAGUGGUAGCAGUAGUGGAAUGGGUGGGCUUAGCUCAUCACUCCAUAGCGACAGUGGAGCUUCAGGAAGACAAGUCUUUGUCAGGAAUCUUCCUUGGCGCUACACUUGGCAAGACUUGAAAGACAAGUUCAAAGGAGCAGGUAGAGUGGUUCGAGCCGACAUCAUGACAGAGUCCAGCGGAAGAUCAAAGGGCUGUGGAACAGUACUGUUUGAUGCCCCAGAGGACGCUGCUCAUGCAAUAAGUAUGUUCAAUGGAGCGAUGGUUGAUGGUCGCGAACUUGAUGUGAGGAUGGAUAGGUUGGGCUGAAAGGGAACGUGAAGCUGGGCUCGAAGGCUUUCUGGAGUGAACUUCUGAUGUAUUUGUCUUCUUUUGGACCAGCAGUUCAUGUUGUUAAUUCUCUUCUUUGGAGUUAUUGCAUCCGCGACCAAAUUCUCCUUUUCGUCAGUCCAGUUUGCCUUCCAGAGGUGGUCUGUAAAUCUGUGAAAAAAAAGUUGUUCAAACCGGUACAGAUGUGGAGUGUUUGCUAAAAGUUUACAAAGGCUCCCUGAGGAAGGAUUGGAGUUGAAACUACUCGGUUGUUUUAUCAUGAUUAGUCUUUUAAUUGUCGUUUUCCCUCUACUUUUGAUUAACUAGCAUUUGGACGUGUUCAUCUUUGUCACCUCGGUCCUACACUUUGCCUUUGAUGAUUGGCAAAUUGUCUUCUCCCCAUUUGUACAACGUGAUUUUGAAGUUACUUGAGGAUUUUGUCGAUACGUUCUUGGCUGAGAACAAUGCUUAUUUCAAUUUGGUUUUAAAAAUUGUACGUUGACCCUAGUUGUUUUCGCAUGGACGAGUCGCACAUGUUGAAGCACUGACUGACUGCUUACUUUGUUAAGAAACAACAUGCAGUAUUUGACAGGUUUUGGUAGUAAGGUUUUAUUCUUCUUCCUAAUAGGAAGGUUUUGCUUGAAACAGGAUCGCUCUUGUAGGGUUCUCUGUUUAGUUUCGAGAUAUUAAAUGACCUUGAAAUAAA